AUGCGUUUCCACAUUUUGACCCUCGCCAUAGCUUUCAUUUCAAAUGCAUGGGCUUGCAACUACCGCAACAUCGCCGGAGCCUGCACUUGGUAUGGAGAUGGUCCCAUCUGUGGUAGCUCCAUAGACGAUUCACACAGUUCCACAGAAUAUGAGCGCUUCGAUCACAAUCCCGAACCUGCUGUGGAGGCUUUGGAACUGGCUGUGUCACUGGCUACAAACGGCUCUGGUGUCGAACCUGGCCGGGAGCUCCUCACUCGUGACCUGCACCAUCGGCAUCACCAUCCUCGUCGUUCUUGUGAUGCUGAUUGA